UAAUUAUUAAUUACUAGAUUUAAUACCGAAAAAAACUAAAAAAAAUAACAUUUUCGAGUCGUAUUUUUGGCGCUAAGUAUUAAAACUAUGAAACUGAAGCACGAAAAGGUGUCGGAUAGUGUCCCGAAGGUGAAACGACUCUAUCACCAGAGAUAUCGCAAAGAAUGGGAGGAUAACCCAAGCUUUGCACCCUGGCUGCAAGCAAGCAAUCAUGGCUUCUCCGCCCACUGCCGUGCAUGCAGUGUUGACAUUCUGGCGAGAUUGGCAUCAAUUAAACAGCAUCAAAACACAGUGAAGCAUCAAAAUGGGAUGAAGUGCAAUCAGGUCCUUUUGGAUCAAAAUGACGAAGCCAGAAAUGCGCUUCCAGAUGAACAUGAGGAAUUCAUAUCGCUAGAGUCAAAGGAGGAGGAGUUCGCAACAAUGAAGAAUAGUGUAAAGUCAGAGCAAAUAGAGUCGAUUCCACCAUACAAGUACCGCAAAGAUUGGGAAGAAAUUCCCAAUUUUUCUCCCUGGUUGCAAGCAAGCAAUAUUGACCAUUUGGCCCAUUGUAAGUUUUGCAAUGUCAAUAUGCUGGCCAGGAUUGGGUCAAUAAAACAACAUGAGACAUCGGCGAAACAUCAAAAAGCCGUGAAAUACAAUAAGAUUUACACAAACACUAUUAGCCAAAUUCAAGAAGACGAGGCUAACCUAGAUGUCGAUCACGAAGAAUUCUUGGACUGUAAGACCAAGCCCAAGACAAGAGCUCAAUCUAAUCCAGAGCAACUUUACACAGUAGAGCGAGUAGAAUACAAAGAUGACAAUGACAAUAUGUCCAACGAUGAUUCUAUUUUGGACACUCUCUUGAGUGCUGAAGAAAUGGGAACCUAUAGCAAUGAAGAGGAUCUAGUCGAAAUUGAGGAUCAGAAUGAGGAGGAACAAGAGCAAGAUCAAGAGCUUGACCAGCAGCAAGACUUUUAUGUGCAAGAUGUUGAAAUGAAUGUAGAUGAACUGCAAGAGGAACAGGAAAAAGACGAUGAAGAAAAUCCAGUAAUCAACGAAUUUGAUCUUUUCGGCAAGAGUGUGGCUUUGCAGCUCAAUCAAAUGGAUUUGGAAGAUGCUUUGCUGUGUCAAGACCGUCUGCAAGCCGUUAUAACUAACUUCCGUCUACGGGUAUUAAAACGCCAGAAGCAAUCAAAAAUUAGAUAGCAACCAGGGGAACAAUCGGAAUAGCUACAGCUCAGAUGUAAAAGCUACCAUUUUGAUUAAGCACACCGUAGUAAUGUUUAAAAUGAACCACACCAUAUUUCUUAAUUUAGCUUACCAUUUAUUAUUAUUAAUAGUUAAUAAAAAUUGAAAAACACGA